UGUCUCAUCUCACGACUUUCAACUCACUGACACCCGCACCCACACGCACACAAACACAAACACACACCCACCCAUUCACCCACCGGCCGACCCCUCUAGAAUAUAUAUGCUGAGUCGCUAAAGGGUCAUCAGCCUUUGCCUUCCACUCGUGUUCUGCCUCCUGAUUACAGUAUCAAUGUUAGCUGCAGUACCGAAAUCCUUCAAGGGUUUACCUCAUCUCACAUCAAGGGAUAUCGAUAUCGAAUCGAAUAUCUAGAUCGCUCAACUUCCUCAAGGGGACGCACGAAUGCAACCAACCAGAUUCACAGAAAAACAUUACGCUACGACCGCGGGGUGGAUCACACACCGUUUGGCAUACGGAGUAGACUUCUUUUCCUAAAGUACUAGUCUAGCCUUCUUCAUUCCUACUUCACCCUAGUUCCUCUUCUCAUGUUGGUACAGGUACCAACUCGAUUGAUUAUUGAUUAAUAAAUAAAUACAUUUUAACAGCAGGCUGAAGGAAAAAAGUCUUAAAAGAUCAAAUCAGAUCAACUCGAAUCGAAUCGCUUCUCAUCCCAUCUCGUCGCAUCGCAUCUAUCUUUACUAUUACUAGUUGAAAAGGGUGGAUUCUAAUUCCCAUUCUCAUUCUCAUUCUCAUUCUCCAUUCAUCCCUCAUUCUUUUCCCGUACUAUUACGAAAUUUAUUCUCUCACUUUGUCUGUUCUCAAAACAAUCAACGUUAACCCUUCAACCCUUUUCUCCACCCUCAUUGACCCUCAUUGACCCUCAUUUGACCCUCAACCAACUUUGCGAAUCAAGCCUCCAGGAACCGUUUCUUUAAUGAUCGUCUAUUCUCACUAGUUUCUUUUUCCCCUUGCGAACUUGCAUACUGUUACCUCCGUACACAAUUCUCGAAGCUCCUACCGACCGUGCGCUUUUGCUUUGGAAACAUAUCCCGACACGACAAACUUUCAACGUCGAGGGAUCGCAUCUGCCAAUUCAUGUUCAGCUUUGAUCUACUGUCCGUGAUACUCGAGGAGGAAGUGCAUCUGCUGAAAUAGAAGCUUGACAAAGGGUUCCUUUCGAGGUUCCGCAUACACUGGGAGAGAUGGAUUCGCCGGACAAUAGUACAUAUCUGGAGUCCCCUAUGGAGGGUGACGAUGUGGCAUAUCCGUGUAAAGGAUGCGGUGAUGUGAGUGUUCCCGUCCAAUCCACCAAGAAGUUUUUACGAAUCUGCCACUAAAAGGUGAAUUUUUUUUUGCACAGAUCCUCGAGGAGGGAAAGGCCUUCGAACUUGGUAAGUUGUGAAAAAGAAUUCCACCCAUCGAUUUCUAUCCCAUGCGCUACGUUACUUUAUUUGAUUUGAACCUCGAGUUGUACAUUGAACAUCCGAGAAAUCAAUGAGAUGAAUCCUCUAAUUUCGAAAUUCAACAAUUCUAACGAAUCUGUAGCUGGCAAUCGAUGGCAUUUGAAUUGCUUCCGAUGCAAUACUUGCGGAACCCUCCUGGAUUCCGAUGCGAAUUUGUUACUCCUGGGUGACGGAUCCCUUAUCUGCAAUAAUUGCACUUACAGCUGCAGUGCUUGCAAUAACAAAAUUGAAGACCUUGCUAUCCUCACCGGUGACCAAGCAUUUUGUGCAACAUGCUUUCGAUGCAGGAACUGCAAACGUAAGAUCGAAAACCUUCGCUAUGCCCGCACAUCACAAGGAAUAUUUUGUAUGAGCUGUCACGAAUCACUAAUGGCUAGGCGACGUAAAAAGUCAAGGGCUGCUGCGAAUGCGAAGAAAAAAGAUGAUCAAUCUCCCAUGCUAGUUGACAAAUCGCUACCUGCCCUACCACCGAACGCAGUUCCACAAAGCGCCUUCUCUCCUGAACGUGAGAUUUCGGAUCCUCACAACGCGGACAACCCUACAGAAUUAUCUCCAAGGCCGCGACCAACAUAUCCUCGUACAGACUCAUCAUCUAGGAGCAGUUCUCGAAUACCUCGCGAUGAUACGUCCUCUCAUCGAGAAUCCACCGAUACCGCAGGCCGAGAUGGAUUGACGCUUCCGACGACGACCUACCGGAACAAUAGAUAUUCAGGGAUUUCACAAAUGUCGGAGCUUGGAAAUGGCGAUGGAGAGAGCUUUUUCAUACCUCUCGCAUUGGAUCCAAGCCCUGCGCCAACCUUGACACCAAGAUCAGCGUCGACAUCAUGGGACACAAAGAAAAGUAAAGAGAACCAAGCACCAGAUCGAGAUUAUUUUGGUGCAAAAGAAAAUAGACGAAGUCAAACUGACCUACAGCCACCGAGACGAUCAAGGGAUUCGAGGGAUGUGAGCUUGGCAUCGACACCGCACAUUGCAUUUCAAGAGAAGAGUCAACAACCAUCCGAGGAACAGUUAGCACAGAUCAAGGAAAGCAUACGCAGGGCGGCGAAUGGCACAGGAACGCCCGUCAAAGAAUCGUCGCCAUCUGCUGGUGACGAUACUUUACUGCAACAUGCAACCUCACCGAUUGGUGAGGCCCAAGAUGGAAAGACACAAUCCUCAAGUGAAAACUUUAGAUUGGGAGAUGUGCCCAAGGGGAAACGGGCUGUGCCAACGAGGAGCGACUCGCAAUCAGAUUACACUGGCAGCGAGAGCAAUUCUUCAAAAUCUGCCGUAUCUAACAUACCCCCCAGGAAAGACAGCAGCGCGGCAAGAAUGGAGUCCCCCAAAACUUUAUUGGCAGCGGAUCAACUCACCUCCAGAUCUUCACAGGACUCACGAUCAAGGGACAUGGAAAAUUCUACCAUUACAAGAGUCGAUUCUGGAAGCUCUAAAAGAUCCAUACCCCGUAAGGAACUAGCCUCUGGACAAGUGAGAAGCAAUGUCAGUACAAUGAGCUUAUCUUCCGGAACAGAUACCUCUCCAUCCACGGAAUCCUCUUCAGAAGGAGUAGCUCAAACCCCGACCGUGAAUGGCAAAUCAAUCUCUGGCCCCCUGCUACAGUCACCUAUCGAUGAUAUGACACCUCCAAAUCGUCCAGCGACCCGACCUUCCCUCCAAAACCAACAACUAAGUAGUACAUACAUGACCCCAAGAGCACCGCCAGCGCCGCCAUCGGCAGGCUCAAAUGGUGCAACUUCGUCUCCCAAUUUACCAAGGUGGAGUGCUGGGGCUGAUCUCACCAUGGAUGAAGAUAUGGCUCGAAUAUUUGGUAAUGAUGAAGGCUCACAAUCUAUAAUCCGAAGGGUUUCCAACGCCGUACGUCAUGUUCGGAAUACAAGUAGUGAAGCAAGUAAUUCUGCUCGUGGCCAUGGUCGUAGCGUAAGCGAAACGACUGCACGCACUCCUAAUUCUCCACGAUGGCCAAAAACACCCAUCGUUGAGGACACUAGCGGACCUCGAGAUAUCAGUAGCCCAAUUUCUAUAAGCUCACCAAAUCCUGGGGAUGAUCCUGCUUUGUUAAGAAGACAACUUCGAAAUUCGGAACAAAGGGUCGCAGAACUUGAAAGACAAUUUGUUAAUGAGAAAGAUUUGAAAACACUAAACAAAAAGCUCAUCGAAAAACGAAAAACUGUCUCGGUCCUAGAUUCUCAAACAGAGCUUAUGAUUCGCCAAUUGGAAGUUUUGGCUGGUUACGUGGAACGUGCGAAAGGUUCGAAACAACCACUUGACAUAGCUGAGCUGGAAGAUUCUGCUAUCAAAGAAUUCGUUCAAAAGCUUGACCGCCUUAAACAAUCAAUGUCUGCCUCAAUUGAGCAACUUUUCGAAGAGCGAGAUGAACUUUUAGAAGAAAAGAAUCAAGCCAUCGCCGAUCGUGAUAGAGCAUUGGUUGAGUUUGAGCAAUUGUCAUCCAAAAAUGCACAACUUGCAGAUAUGAAUAAUGAUCUUACACACCAGAUCCAGGAACGCUUCAAGUCGGCGAAUACUAAUAUGGAGAGCCCAAGGCCACCAAUGAACGGUCUGGGAAUCUACACUCACCACAAUAAGGAUAAAUCUAACGUUUCCGUUCAUCUAGAUAAUGCAAGUCUCCGCCCAUCUGAAAGCAGCAGCACAGUCUACAAUAGUUCAAUCCAUAGCUAUCCACAUCCAAUGGAACAGGACCCAAGUAUGGAACCAGCUACACUCCUAUCAGCUCCUCAUGUCGUCAACAUUCGCAAGGGUCAGGCAAAGAAGUUCAAUUGGAAGAAGGGUGGUCAAACUGUUGCUAAGGGGGUCACUAAAGGCUUCAAAGGUGCUUUCUCAAGUGGACCAGAACGAGGGAUGCAUCAAUGGCCAGGUCAAUUUGGUGAUAGCAUCGGUAUGCCUUAUAAUAUGACUAUGGAGCAGGUGCAAUCUCCCGCACCAAAUGCAUCUGGAGCAAACUUACCCAGGUCAAUAUCAAAUGAUCCCUCCCGACAGGGUUUUGGUUUAUUCAAGAAAACACAAGCAAUGUCGAAGUCGAUGUCUAGUGGUAAUAUUCUCGCCGCUGAAAGUCCGUCAAUCUUGUUUGGCUCUGAUCUUGUUGAGAGAGCUGAUUAUGAGCGUCGACAAAUUCCAAGCGUGGUUACUCGUUGCAUUGAGGAAGUUGAGUUACGUGGAAUGGACAUUGAGGGUAUCUAUCGAAAAACUGGAGGUACUGGUCAAGUCAACCUCAUCAAAGAGGGAUUUGAUAGAACUGAAGAUUAUGACAUCUCGGAUCCUGAUCUUGAUAUUACCGCGGUUACGAGUGUCUUGAAGCAAUAUUUCAGGAAACUACCCGUACCACUUUUAACCUUUGAUGUCUAUGAUCGCGUUUUAGAAUCAAUAUGUAAGCUCAAUCCUUUGGCAUGUUGAACACUAUUCGCUAAUGCAACUACAGCCAUUGAAGAUAACGCAGAACGUUGCACACAUCUACGAAACACAGUCAAUAUGCUACCUCCCAAGCAUCGUGAUUGUCUUGAGUUUUUGAUUUUCCAUCUCGUGCGUGUGUCAAAACGAGAAAGCGAGAAUUUGGUAUGUUCGUUUGUAUACAAUGUUUCUCAUAUACUAAUAUGUUACAGAUGACACCCAAGAAUUUGGCAGUAGUUUUUGCGCCGACGAUCAUGCGAGAUCACAGUAUAGAUCGUGAGAUGACAGAUAUGCACGCUAAGAAUCAAGCCGUUCAAUUUGUUAUCGAGAACAGUUACGAUAUAUUUGCCGGCGCUUAGGGGACCUUAUACUUUUUACCACGAAUCCUCUAUGACCUUACAAUUUUGAAUGAUAAAGAACGUUUUAGUCUUUUUUUUAUCUUAUGUUUUACUUGGAGCGUCGGAUGCGCAGAAAGCGUGGAGAUGUAUAUCCUUUUUUGCAUCAUGUUUAGCACAGGUGAUGGGUAGGGCGUUAGUUCUGGAAAGCGAAUGAAUGAUAGUCGGAACGGAACUUUUUGAUUGGCAAAUGGUCGAUUGAAAGAAAGAAAUAUUUACAUUUUAAUGUCGUCUUCCUUUUUUUCAUUUUGAAGUGCCUGGUUUGCUUGCUUGUGUCUAAUUGAUGAUUCCCUUGAUUGAUUUGAUAUUUGAUGGGUGGGGAAUUUAUAAAUAAGAUCUUAAUUGUUUUUUCUUCCUGGGGAUGAUUGAAUUAAUAGUGGAUGAUGAUGUGAGUGGUAGUAGAAGAUAGAGUGGGAUUUGUAAUGGCUUAAUUUAGUUGGGAUUUAAUAGAAGAGAGCUGGA